AUGCCCGAUGUCGCUGAGGCCAUCUGCAUCGACUCGGAGGAGGAACCGGCGCCCCAGCCGAAGCGAAAGAAAAGGAGGAAGCAGAUCGCACCUCAAGCUGCAAAGGAGCUGGUCCCUCUUCCAAGCUGCAUCGACUUGGAUGCAGAAGAGAAGGCAACCGGCGAUCAGCCUGGAUUAGCAGGUGCCAACGGCUCCAAGGCAGCUGAGAAGCCUGCCCCCCUUGAUGCGCAAGCUGUGUGUCUGUCGUCUGACGAGGAGGGACCCGCCUUGCUCAAAAGCAGCCAGGAACAGGUCACAUGUGGACCGGCGGACCGCGAGCUCGAACAGCGGGCUCAGGAGCUGGCCGACGUGGCGCUCCAGAACCUGGCACCUGCUGCGCGAGCAGCACGGUUAGUCAAGGUCAAGCACAGUAUUCUUGCACGCUUACGAAGUCAAGCAGAGACAGGAAGUCUUCCCAGCCUCCCAAGUCUUUCAAGUCUUCCGAGCGUGGCCGAAGACGUGCCGCCACCUCCACCACCGGAGGAGGCACGCGCUGAAGCUUUACAGCAGAGCGCACAGAGCGCAGAGCUCAUGCAGCAGAAGCAGCGCCUGCAAGACUGGCUGGAGCGAAACCAGGAAAGGUUACAGGAGCGGCUGGUCCAAGCGGAGCAGCAGCGCCUCGAUCCCGACCAUCGGAGGAAGGAAGGGGAGCGGCUGCGAGAGGAGGCAAGGCAGAAGCGCAAGGCGAUAUGGAGCAUGCCAGAGGCUGAAAAGCUGAGCUCCGAACAGAAAGAUGGCAGGCUCACGGCCAACGGCUGGGAGAGCAGCCAGUUUCACAACAGCAAGGAGCGAAUGAAGUUUCUUCGCUUGAUGGGUGGACAGAAGUUUGCAGAAGCCGCAAAAGCUCUGGAGGCUGGUGUCGAUGACGACCAGGUCUUUGAACUCAUAGCGGGGGAGUGGGUCCAAGCAAAGGAGGCUGAGGAAGAGGAGGAGUUUGAAGUUAACGCCGAUGCUCCCACAGUGGAGCUACUGGCAGGACGGACUGGGUAA